AUGCGCUUCGCACACGAUGUCCUCUCCCAGUGCGCAUGUGCAGUGUCACUAUACCGGCGGAGGCUGAACGGUAGCAGCUUAAACGACGCAGGGAUAAACGAGGCCGUUUUGACAGCAGGCAACAUCAUGAGUCAGGGGAAGGACAAUGCACGUCUCAAAAGCUAUAAAAACAAAUCGCUCAACACAGAUGAGAUGAGGAGGAGGAGGGAGGAAGAAGGCCUGCAACUUCGAAAACAAAAGAAAGAUGAACAACUGUUCAAGCGCAGAAAUGUGGCCACUGUGGAGGAGGAUGGAACACUGGAGGAUGAUGGGAUGUCUGACAGCGGAUACCUGGAAUCACAGGCCAACAAUAUGGACCAAAUCACGGGAAGUGUUAUUUCUGAAGACAUGAUACAGAUGAUCUUCUCCAGCUCUCCAGAACAACAGCUCAUUGGAACACAACGAUUCAGAAAGCUCUUAUCUAAAGAGCCUAAUCCCCCUAUUGAUGAGGUUAUUGCAACCCCUGGUGUCGUGGAGCGAUUUGUUGAGUUCCUGAAAAGAAGAGAGAACUGCACACUACAGUUUGAAGCAGCGUGGGUUCUGACUAACAUCGCCUCAGGAACAUCCCACCAGACGCGUGUGGUCAUCCAGGCUGGGGCUGUGCCCAUUUUCAUUGAGAUGCUCUCCUCAGAUUUCGAAGAUGUACAGGAGCAAGCGGUGUGGGCUUUAGGUAAUAUCGCAGGCGACAGCACUGAAUGCAGGGACUAUGUUCUGGACUGCAAUAUUCUGCCCUCUUUAGUACAGUUAUUGGCCAAACAAAAUCGCCUGACUAUGAUGAGAAACGCAGUCUGGGCUCUGUCUAACCUGUGCAGAGGGAAAAAUCCACCACCAGAUUUUGCAAAGGUGUCACCGUGUCUCAGUGUUCUGUCCUGGCUGCUCUUUGUGAAUGAUACUGAUAUUCUGGCUGAUGCAUGCUGGGCUCUUUCUUAUCUGUCCGACGGUCCCAAUGAGAAGAUCCAGGCUGUUAUUGACUCAGGAGUCUGUCGCAGACUAGUGGAGCUGCUGCUACAUGCAGAAUAUAAGGUGGUGUCUCCUGCUCUAAGAGCCGUGGGGAACAUAGUGACAGGAGAUGACCUACAGACUCAGGUGAUUCUUAACUGCUCUGCCCUGCAAAGUCUUCUUCACCUGCUGAGUAGCCCCAAAGAGUCCAUUAAAAAAGAGGCAUGUUGGACCAUCUCCAAUAUCACAGCUGGCAAUCGUGCACAAAUACAGAUGGUGAUCGACGCAGACUUAUUCCCCCCAUUAAUAAGUAUUCUGCAAGUAGCUGAGUUUCGUACAAGGAAGGAGGCGGCGUGGGCCAUCACAAACGCCACAUCUGGAGGAUCUGCUGAACAAAUCAGGCAUCUUGUUGAGCUUGGGUGCAUUAAGCCCUUAUGUGACCUCCUGACGCUGAUGGACUCAAAGAUCGUACAGGUGGCACUGAAUGGCUUGGAAAACAUCCUGCGACUGGGUGAGCUGGAAGCUAAAAGAGGAGGAGGAAUCAACCCCUACUGCGCCCUUAUCGAGGAGGCAUAUGGCUUAGACAAGCUGGAGUUCCUCCAGGGCCACGAGAACCAGGAGAUCUACCAGAAAGCUUUCGACCUGAUCGAGCGCUACUUCAGCACCGAUGAUGAAGAUCCGUCCCUGGCGCCUGCCGUAGACCUCCAGCAGCAGCAGUUCCUCUUCCAGCAGUGCGAGGCUCCCAUGGAGGGUUUCCAACUUUAACACUGUCCAUCACCCCCAUUUCUUCUCCAAGCAAUCCACCCUGGAGGGUGUGAGACGCCCCCCCUGACCCAAGAGAGCGAAGGAUUCAACAAACGAACAUUUCAAGUAGAGUGUGAAUUUUACAAGAGCGUGUGUUGCCGGUCAACCCAUUUCCUCCCUCUUGUCCUACUUCCCUGGUGUCAUCGGCCCAGUCCAGAAUGAUGGCCACAUGCAGAAAAUGUGAUUUAGUAGACUUAAACAUCCCACUUCCUUCAUUUAGCCCUUCAAAGCACGCAUAUCCCAUCAGUCCCGAUUCAGGAAAACUGCAUCCAGCAACGAAGUUGAGGAAAGCUGGGAAAAGCACAGCUUGUUUGGUGUGACUGCAAUAUUGACUCCGACAAGGGAUCUGUUUUUUCAUCUGAUUUCAAACACUGGACUGACCGUGUGACUGUGUUUGCAUGUCUCCAAAAUUACCCGCCCUGAAUACAGUGAGAUUGAAGGACGCCCAACGAAGGACCUUCUCAUUUGACCCAAACAACUCAAAGACGGACUUGAAGGGUUUGGUCUGCGAUUUCUGAAUGGUGAUUCCAGUCAGACAGUGCUUUUUUUGACACGCAUUGAACAUGCAUUCCGACAAUGACUGAACAUUACAGGCUCUGCCUCUCCUUUUAGGGUUACACACAAUUUGCACCUUUGGAAUUCUGGGAGGUGGAAUCUUGCCACUCACUGAGACUGCUGGACAGGCAAAAAAAAAGACAGGUUCUGGAUCCUGUGCAUUUCACUAUUUGAUACUUCAAAAGUACAAUUUCACACGAGCAUCAUCUUCAUCAGCACUUUACGUUAAUAACAGACACCGUUUGUUUAGAUUCCAGCCUCUGUAAUCAGUUUUAGGCCCCUCGAAAAUACUUCUCAGGAUGCAGAGGAUGUAUUCACAGAAAACACUAAGUAUUCAAGAGUGCUGAGAAAAACCAACCCUUCCAAGCUUCCACUAUAUGUUAACAAACUGAAAGGCUUUCGCUUCCCAACAAGUGUGUGUGUGUGAGACAAACAUUAAUAUUAAUGUCUAAUCAUGCUAAAUGCGCACACAUUCAGACAAACCAGUGACUAGAGAGGUAUAUAAGGAAAAGUACAGAGCAGCGACUUGCUCUGGUUUGUUUUUCUCUUUGAUUUUAUUGUAUUUCCGCGAUGGUUAGAAUCUCUUAAUACCGAAGGUGCCAUAAUCCUUAUUGAAAAUGACAAACAAAUGGACUUUCAAGAAGACCGAACAAUUUUAUCAACUAAAUUCAAUCGUCAAAUUUGACUGGGUAUUAGCUCAAGAUAUGAUUGUUUACUUGCGUUUUAUUUUUUCUUAUUUCAAUGUCAGAUUCUUCCCAAGAGAUGACCAGCUCUUUUGUGUUCAAUACUGCUGUCGUAUUGAGGUUGUGUAACUGUUCUCUGUUACGCCAUUUGCAUAAAUGCUGUUUCAUGAA